AUGGCCGUGCAAUUUGAGACCAUUCCGGAGGAGCUGUCAUGGACGGACUCAUGGAAGCUCUGGUUCUGGAGCUCCUGCCGGAGCUGCCUCCCUACAGGCUGCCUUGGCUGGGCCCACACGCAGCGGCUCUCCACGGGCUUCCUCCGACAGGUCUCGCAGAUCGGCCAUCUCGGCCAGGAGGCUCCCGACUCGGCCCCCAAUACGGGGAUCUGGGGCGAGGCCUCCCGGUUUGGUUGGCUGGGUGGACGGCACGAGUUCAUCAAUGACCUCGUGGCGGCACAGUGGCCCUACAUCUCAGAUUGGUUUGACGAGACCAUGCGCACCAACUGCGAGCCGGCGCUGCAAUCGGUGAUGCCGGCAGGCAUCACCAUCUGCUUCGGUGACAAGUGCUCCCUUGGCACGAAGCCUGCGCAGCUUCAGUCCAUUAUUGCCAGCAAGUACUGCGAGGACCCACUCGAGGAGUCCACAACCAUCCGCCUGGAUGCACAACUCAACUACGUCGGCGACUCUCACGUCGAUGUGACCUGCACAGUGGGCAGUUUAGUUCUUACGCAACUGCAAGUCACUGGCGAGAUCGUCAUUGAGCUGGUGAGGCUCCAGAAGAACCCUCCAUGGUUCAGCGGGGUACGGAUCUAUUUCUCCAACCGCCCGAAGAUCGAUUUGGUGGUUCAAACUGAAGUCCUCGGCCUCAAUGCCAACUUCGAGUUCAUCAAGCAGAAGCUCGUGACUGCGCUGGGCGAUGUCAUUGCGGGCCAGGCGGUUCUUCCAAAUCGCUUCUGCCUUCCGAUCGGCGACGCCAUCAGCGAAGUCGACCUGCGAAUGCCAACUCCGCAGGGGGUGCUGCGCUUGGUCGUGCUGGAGGCUCGUGAUCUUCCCGAUCCCGGCCGCUCUCACUGGCACAACGUGCUGCGGCCAUUGCUCGGGUCCCGCGGCGUCCCCGAGGGCCCCGAUGUCCAUCCAUUUGUGGAGGCAGCCAUCGGGGCGCAAGUUCAGAGGACGGACACGGUGAAUGGCAGUCUCUCUCCAAAGUGGGAGUAUGGCAACUGCUUCGACUUCGUCGUGGAUGACAUCAAGCGCCAGGGCGUCGAGUUCACCGUCCACGACAGUGACACGAGCACUUUCAAGUGGAAGGCCGACGUCUUGGGCCACGGCGGAUCGAAACUCUCGGCCUUGCUGGAAGGUCAACGUACCGAGAACCACCAACCGGCCACCUGGCUCCGGUUGGCCACCGGCCCGGGCAAGUACAUCCCGGCUGGACAGCUGAGAGUGAGGGCCGAGUGGCGGCCGCUCUCGCCGGGCGGAACUGCGAUAUAUGUCCACCCGGCGGCAGGGCCUCCCAGAGGCCUUUGGAGUAUCGGGCCCGGCAAUCAAAGCGAGUGGGUGCUUGUGGCGGAUGUGCUGAGUGCCACGGCGCUCCCGGGAGACAGCAACGGGCAGAAACAUCGAGUCACUCUGAGCUUACUCUGGGAAGGUGUCGAGACAGGCCAGCAGAGUACGACGGGCCUGGCGACAGCAGCGAGUCCCCUGGCCUUGGGUGAGCACAUGAUCAGCACCAUGAACCUGCGGCCCGAAAUCGGGGAGGUGCUGCGGAAGUUUCCGGAGAGGAUCUACGCACUGUGGCGUGCAAAGGUCCCCAUGGACCAGCGGGCAGAGAAGCUGGAACGAGGCUACCUUUUUCCGAAAGCGCAGAAGACGGAGCUCAUUUCCCAGGUGUGCAUCAGCAGUCCACGAGGCGGCUACCAGCCGAUGUUCGCGGAUGCAGUGUGGAACAGCACCUGCCACCUGCUGCUGGACUCCAUCUCAAAAAUGACGCUGAGAUUAGCUGUGAGCCAACACGGGGCCAGCCUACCAGUCGGCGUGGCUGUUUAUGCUCUGGAUCAACUCCUGGAGGCGCCUGGAUGGCGCUUUGAGGGGCUGCUGCCUUUGCGGAGGGUCGGCAAGGUUCCGAUCGAUCCGACCGAUGCCUCCGCAGCCCUCGAGGUUCGACUACGACUGCAUCAGCUGGAGAGCCCACCC